GUAACCUUCAAGCUCAGUGUGCAUUGACCACGGACAAUCAAAACUGAAAACCCUCAAAUCCUUGGACUAGGUCUCCCAACCCAAAUAAGCAGACGACACACCGCACAGCACAGCACAGCAAACAUGGAAGAAGCGACAGCGAUGGAGGUCGAGGAACCAAAAUCAAAGAAACUCGGAUUAAAAAACUCAAUUCAAACGAACUUCGGCAACGACUACGUCUUCCAAAUCGUCCCAAAGGAUGACUGGUCAUCAAUGGCGGUUUCUCUAUCGACGAAAGCAGUGAAGCUUUAUUCUCCGGAGACAGGUCAGUUCCAAGGAGAGUGUAAAGGUCACUCUGAUACUAUCAAUCAAAUUUCAUUCUCUGUGUCAUCAUCUUCUUCGUCUCCGCAUGUUUUGCAUUCCUGCUCUUCUGAUGGUACUAUCAGAGCUUGGGACACCAGAACUUUCCAACAGGUUUCGUGUAUAAGCGCUGGCUCUUAUCAAGAGAUUUUCAGCUUUUCAUUUGGAGGGUCUAAUGAUAAUCUUCUUGCUGCUGGCGCUAAGUCUCAGAUACUUUUCUGGGAUUGGAGGAACGGGAAGCAAGUUGCAUGUCUGGAGGAAUCUCAUACUGAAGAUGUCACUCAGGUCCACUUUGUCCCUGAUAACCGAAACAAGCUUCUUUCAGCUUCUGUUGAUGGAUUGAUGUGUAUAUUUAAUACUGAUGGAGAUAUCAAUGAUGAUGAUCAUCUGGAAUCAGUGAUUAAUGUUGGUACUUCAAUUGGGAAAGUAGGGUUUUUUGGAGAGACAUAUAAGAAGCUCUGGUGUUUGACACAUAUCGAAAGUUUAAGUAUUUGGGAUUGGAAGGAUGCAAGAAAUGAAGCAAACUUGCUGGAAGCCCGUUCAUUAGCCUCUGAUAGUUGGACACUAGACCAUGUUGAUUAUUUUGUUGAUUGCCACUACCCAGGAGAAGGUGAAAGUUUAUGGGUAAUUGGUGGCACUAAUGCUGGUGCUUUAGGUUAUUUUCCUGUAAAUUAUAGAGGAGUGGGGGCAAUUGGGUCUCCAGAAGCAAUUCUUGGAGGUGGCCACACAGGUGUUGUCAGGAGUGUAUUGCCCGUGUCAAGCAAGAAGGGGGGACUUGCCCAAAGCCAGAGCAUAUUUGGAUGGACUGGUGGUGAGGAUGGUCGAUUAUGUUGCUGGUUGUCUGAUGAUUCUACUGAGAUAAAUCGAUCCUGGAUUUCAAGUGCAUUGGUUAUGAAACCAUCAAAGGCUCGCAAGAAAAAAAGGCAUAAUCCGUACUAGAGAGCCUCCAUGCGGUAUCUUCUCAAACUUCUACAUCCCCUGUUUUCUCUAGUUUCUUUCAACCUCUGUUUCUUUCUUUUUCUCUCUUUUUUUGGGCACUGUAUUGUCAGUUUUGUAGUUUAAGAACAUCAUGGCGUAUGCUGUGUAUCAUUAGUGAGUUCCAGCACAAAGCAAUGGAGAGUGAAAUGCCUGCCCGCCCAUCUUCCUUGAA